GGAGUUUAAGCAUUCAAUUACUCAAGAUUUGACGAAUUAUCUUUGUUUUUUUGGUUAAAUUUAUGAAUCGAGCUGUAACAUUGACAUAUAUCAAUAUCAGGAAAACAUAUGUAUAAAUCUAUGAUCAUCGAAGGCCAUAUGUUUCUCUUUAACUUCAGAGGCUGUUGACACUAGUUGAUCUCCCUCAUUCAUUUAUCACCGUUUAUGUGCUGAUGAAAAUGUUAAAUUCAUAUGAUACGGGUAAGAUAGAUGAACAGAGAUCACUGUCUUUGUGAUCGGAAAGUGCCACUAAGGUAGGUUCAAUAAGAUGUUGGUUAGACCUACUACUAUGGAUGGUCUUCGCCAUUGUUGGGCUUGGGUUUCUAAGAUACAUGUAAACAGAUGAUAGGAAAAGACAUUACACUGCCUCAUGAGCGUUAUUCAGCUCCAGUUGAGACCUUUGGAUGCAUCUAUGAGACCUUUGUAACAAGGCAACAUGUCCUUGUGUCCCUUUUGCACACACAUUAAUGUUGAAUUUACAAGAUGCUCUAGGGCACAUUCUAGUCUGUAAGAAAAUGUCAUUCUAGACUUAUGGUCAAUGGUUCUAUGCACAUCAUAAUAUUGUGCUUUGGAUUUUAAAAUCAAAGUUUGCAUCAGAACUGUAAUUGCAAGAUAUGUUCUUGAAUAAGAAAGAAUUCAGUGAGAAUAUAUCUCCAGUUUGUAUGUAAUUGUCAUAACCAUGCUAAUAUUUGUAAAGAUUUCUUUUUAUGAAUUCUUGGUUUUUGAAGGUAAUUUCUACUAUUUGGUUGAUGACAAUGGAGUGUGAAGCUUUUCAUUCUCAACUGCUACUGUAUGGUCCCUAGCUGUAAGAGAUGUAUUAGGCAUGAAUUUUACCAUCACAUUUGGAGCAGAUCGAUGCCUAUUGAUGUGACCUGAAGUUUAUAACUAAUAAAAGGAGUAAGAAGACAUUGGUCAAAGCACAGACUUACAUCUUGUAUUGGACAGGAGGCAAGAAGUAUGGAUUAUGACUGUGCUCCUGUUAAAAGGAGAAAGAUAUUGACUCAGCAUCUAGUGAACCAUUCUGAAUCAAACAAAGACCCAAAUCUACUAUCGCCAAAUGAGAGCAGAACUACUAGUUUGGCGUGCCUAGAUGAAGCACAUGCAACCUUUUGUUCAGCAGACAUUCCGAAUGCAGAAGUGGUAGUCAAACAGAAUGACACAUUCAUUGAUGGGAAUGAAAGUUUCACGGAGGACUCUGAGAUUGAGCUUUCUGGCCUUGAGCAAGAAAGCAACGAGAGCAAGAAUAAAAUGGUGAGUGAAGGAUUAAAAUUGACUACCAAUGAAGAUAGCUCUGGUAAAUCGUUUGCCACUGACUUUGCUGGAGAAAACUCUGAGCACGCUGGAGACACCAAGGCAAGUGCCAACGUGAAUGUAGUGUGUGAUGUUCACACCGUUGAAGGAGAAACAUCUGCUGAGACAUCUAGCAGGAGUCAUCCGAGCACAGAAUCCAAGAUGGAAGUCAUUCCUUCUUUAACAAAACUGGAUGUAACUAAAGAAAAUGCUAGUCAAGUUAGGAAUGAAGAUUACCUGUCUCCUCAGAUUUUGGGAUCUUGUGGGCAUAGCGGCCAUUUGCAUUCUAGAAGAAAGCUUCUUGUCCUUGAUGUGAAUGGGUUGCUUGUUGAUAUUGUGGCAGACCCAGAUGAAGCCUACAGAGCAUCAGCAGACACAAUAAUAGGGUCAAAAGCAGUAUUUAAGAGACCAUAUUGUGACGAGUUUUUACAAUUUUGCUUUGAGAGAUUCAAUGUAGGUGUAUGGACAUCAAGAACAAGGAGAAAUAUUGAGCGGGUUCUUGACUUUCUCAUUAAAGACUCUCAACAUCAAUUGCUUUUCUGUUGGGAUCAAUCUCAUUGUACUGAGACCGGUUUUAAUACUAUUGAGAAUAGUGACAAGCCCUUGGUUUUGAAGGAACUUAAAAGGUUAUGGGAAAAGCAAGAUCCCAGCCUUCCCUGGGAUAGAGGAGCGUAUGAUGAAACAAAUACACUUCUUUUGGAUGAUUCUCCAUACAAGGCGCUGCGUAAUCCCCCAUAUACUGCAAUCUUCCCUUAUACUUACUGUUACCGCAAUACCCAAGAUGAUGGUUUAGGACCUGAAGGUGACCUUCGUAAUUAUCUGGAAAGGUUGGCCGCAUCUGAGAACAUUCAAAAAUUUAUAGAGCAAAACCCAUUUGGCCAACAACCCAUUUCAAAUAACGAUGAAUCAUGGAAAUUUUACCUUAAGGUCAUUAGUGGCAGCUCUUCAGAAGCUGAUUUGGCUGCCAAAUCCUUACUCCUCCGUUCUAGAAAGAAACUUAUUAUUAUUGAUGUGAGCGGGUUGCUUGUUGAUGUUGUAACACUUCCACGUGAAGGAUACAGAGCAGAUGCAAUACAAGGGUCAAAAGCAGUGUAUAAAAGACCGUAUUGUGAUGAGUUCUUGCAAUUUUGCUUUAAGAGAUUCAAUGUAGGUAUCUGGACAUCAACAACAAGAUUUAAUAUUGAAAGGCUUAUUGACUUUCUUAUGAGAGACACUCAACACAAAUUGCUUUUCUGUUGGGAUCAUUCUCACUGUACUGACACUGGUUUCCGUACCGUCGAGAACUCUUGCAAACCCUUAGUUUUAAAGGAACUUAAAAGGUUAUGGGAAAAGCAAGAUCCAAGUCUUCCGUGGAGGAAAGGAGAGUAUGAUGAAUCAAAUACACUUCUUUUAGAACAUUCUCCAUACAAGGCUCUGCUAAAUCCCCCACAUACAGCAAUCUUUCCGUAUCCUUACCGUUACUGGAAGAUAGAUGAUAAUUGCUUAGGACCGGAAGGCGACCUUCGUAUUUAUCUGGAAAGAUUAGCAGCAUCCGAGAAUGUCCAGAAAUUUGUAGAGGAAAAUCCAUUUGGCCAACGCCCCAUUACAAAAAAAAAUCUAUCAUGGGGAUUUUACCAUAAAGUUAUCCGUGCCUUCUCAUCUGAACCAGAAGCUGAUGCUAGUUGUUUAUUGGAUGCCCAAUGUAACAACUCAUCUGAACCAGAAGCCGAUACUACUACUCCAUCGGUUACUCGAACCUUAUCGGUACCAAAAGCCGACAUUAUUACUGCUUCUGCUGCUCAAGUCUUAUCUGAAUCAAAAGCCGACACUAUUACUGCUUCUGUUCCUUUAUCUGAACCAAAAGCCGACACUAUUACUGCUUCUGCUGCUCAAACUUCAUCUGAACCAAAAGCCGACACUAUUACUGCUUCUGCUGCUCAAACUUCAUCUGAACCAAAAGCCGACACUAUUACUGCUUCUGCUGCUCAAACGUCAUCUGAACCAAAAGCAGAUAUUAUUUCUGCUUCUGUUGCUCAAACGUCAUCUGAACCAAAAGCAGACAUUAUUACUGCUUCUGUUGCUCAAACCUCAUCUGAGCCAAAAGCAGACAUAAUCACUGCUUCUGUUGCUCAAACAAUAUCUGAACCAGAAGCCGACUCUUUGGCUGCUACUCAGACCUUACUCGAACCAUCAGUAGCCAACACUAAUCUUUCUUUAAACCCUGCUAAUGAUGGAUCCUGAGAGAAGUGAGUACAUGUACCCUGAUCUUAAUGUCGAGUGUUUUUGUAUGCUUACAAGCCGUAAUUUGUCUUCAUAGAUUAUAAUAGAUCAUCAUCUAGGUAUAGAUAGUUUGAACCCGUGCAUUCUUUGGUGUUAUUGAUUCUUGUGUCCUUUCGUUAUGUUAUAUUUUUGAUCGAGGUUAUGAGAUGGUACUAUGUGUGACACGAUGAGAUGGAGGAUCGAGUGGUCUAGUGGUGGUGCCGCCAGCAGGUUGAUCUUGUGGGUCAUGGCCCUUGUGUUUCACUUCUAUCAGGAAUAUUUGUUGGUAGUUUAGAUUGACAUUUCGCUUUACGCCAAGCAUAUAGGAUGGAUGGAGAUAUGCUUACAAUUGUUCGGAAGAUGAAUAGCCUAUAUGCAAAUGCUCGGUAUAUUAAGCGAGUUUGUAACGAGCAGAUACGGUUAUUAUGAUACGACUGUAUUGGGUUUUUAUAACAAUGUUACUAUAAGCUUGGUUAGGUUCUUAUUUCUUAUGAUUUUGAAUUUUGGCAUGUAUAUUGCAACGUUGUCAUACUUAUAAUGUUGGAUUGUAUUUUUACUGGUUCUUUUUCUA